AUGGCUAAGCAUCAUCCAGAUUUGAUCUUUUGCCGCAAGCAGGCUGGUGUUGCCGUCAGAAGACUGUGUGAAAAAUGUGAUGGCAAGUGUGUGAUCUGUGAUUCCUAUGUGCAUCCCUGUACCCUGGUGCGCAUUUGGGAUAAGUGUAACUACGGCUCUUACCAGGGGCGUUGUGUGAUCUACGGAGGCCCUGGAGUCUCUGGUGCCUAUUAUUGUAGGGAGAGCACCAUUCAGGAGAAGGAUAGAGAUGGUUGUCUAAAGAUUGUCAAUUUGGGGAGCUCUAAGACUGACCUCUUCUAUGAAUGCAAAAAGUAUGGCUUCAAGAAGAGAUGA